GAAAUCAUGAAUCCUGUUUAUAGCCCUGGAUCUUCCGGGGUUCCCUAUGCAAAUGCCAAAGGAAUUGGUUAUCCAGCUGGUUUUCCCAUGGGCUAUGCCGCAGCAGCACCUGCCUAUUCUCCUAACAUGUAUCCUGGAGCAAAUCCUACCUUCCAAACAGGUUACACUCCCGGCACACCUUACAAAGUGUCCUGUUCCCCCACCAGUGGGGCCGUGCCACCGUACUCCUCUUCCCCCAACCCCUACCAGACCGCCGUGUACCCCGUGCGAAGUGCCUACCCCCAGCAGAGCCCGUAUGCACAGCAGGGCACGUACUACACACAGCCGCUGUAUGCGGCACCCCCGCACGUCAUCCACCACACCACGGUGGUGCAGCCCAACGGCAUGCCAGCGACAGUGUACCCUGCUCCCAUCCCUCCUCCUAGAGGCAACGGGGUCACCAUGGGCAUGGUGGCUGGGACCACCAUGGCCAUGUCGGCAGGCACCCUGCUGACUGCUCACUCUCCAACUCCUGUUGCCCCCCACCCGGUCACUGUGCCCACAUACCGGGCCCCAGGAACACCCACCUACAGCUAUGUGCCCCCUCAGUGGUGAUCACCCUGCAUAUGUUUGAGGAUGGAGCUGUGCAGUCCCAUCAUUGAGGUUCCACAGCUGGUGCUGCAGGCCUUGCGCCUCCAACCAGGACUUUCUUCUUAAUGCUCUCAACACUUAGCUAAACACGACUACUUCCCAGCCCAGCAGGUCCCAGCGCCGUUAGUCUCCAACUAACUCUGGGUUGGUCUUAAAGCAAAUCCUGUUUUGUGGACUGCCUGGCAAUUUUUAGCUAACUGUAAUGAUAAAAAGGGAGUAUUAAUCUAUUCUGAGUCAUAUCUAGUUGAAUGCAUGUUUUAAAAAAAACAAACAAAAACAAAGCUUGCUCAAUCUACCUGCAGUGACUGAUGCAAAACCAUCAUAUGCAAAAUCCAAAGGAAUGGAAAUGUAUUUUACAACUUGUAUCACUAAUGCACUGUUGUAACGUAUGCAAAGUCUUAAAGUUAUAAGUGUUAAAGUGAAUUCCUUCAUAGAGCAUUUGAAAUAUCUUAGAUGAUUCUUUAACCUUUUGGAGUUGAUGUGGGUUGCCAGUCAGAAACAUGGACUUUUAGUUUUCAGUGACCUGUUUCUUUGGUACUGGCUGCACUGGGAGGGAGUUGCAGGGAUAGGGAGUAGGGAAGCCACAGCUGCUGGGGUGCAGCCAGUUAAUGGGUGUCCCUUUCUUUCCAUUUAGGCUUGGUGGGGUUAGUGGCAUAGGGACACGCUUAAAGAUCAUUAUGAAAGAUGAGACUUGUGUGGCCAGUACAGUUAGGGCGAGGGGGUGGUUUAUGUAUCAGCAAAUUCUCUGCUAUCUAAAUUUUCAUUACAAGUCUCUUACAGAGAGAGACAACAUUUUAUAUAUCUGUAUUGGAAAAGUCGUAAGUAGAUCUAAAUUAUUUUCCUGGAAUGGAAGAUAUGUGAAUGAGAAACAGCCACACCUGGAUGAGGUAUUGUUGUCUGCUUUAUUUAGCUUAGAAAAUCAUUCCAUUUUUUCUUGAGAAAUGUUUGAGUCAGCUAAAAACAUGUAAGCAUCGCUGUUUUUCCCCCACAAAGAAGGACAAAGAUUUCAGCUGUAUGUUAUGAAGAAAGUUGUAUAUUUAAGAAUGAUUAAAAGGGAACAAAAUUUUAUUUAAAAUUUCUCAUGUUUCUUGUAGAGUGGCAGGGCCGUGGAUAUGUCUGCAAAUGUAGAAACCUGUAGCUUCUCCUGGGAUCAUCCACCUGAUGGUGACUCGACCUCUGUGACAGGCUGGAGGGGACUCCUAGGGACAGGGCAAGGGGAGCAGGGCUGGUGUCUGUUGUCUGUGAGCCUCUUCUGCCAUCUCUUUUUGCAACUGAAGACACUCAGCGCACAGCAGGUGCAGACAGCAGAAAGGGCUGGGCAGCUCGGAGUGCACUUACCUGCCAGUCUUUAUUAUGGAAAGGAUAUUGAGUUUAAAAUCUGAAUAUUGUAUAUAAGAAAUCAAGAGGAUUUUUUUUUUUGGCCUAAAUGUGCGCACUUGUAUUGAUAGGAGUGUGUGUCUGUUCUCAGUUAGGGUCAGAGGGGGUGGGGGUUGUGAAGACUGUUCCCUUUCAGUAGUCUGUUGGGGGGACGAGGGGGUGCAUCCUAUUUCCACCCAAGUACUGUGGGCUUUGGUUGGGGAGGGGACUCUGCUCUUACAUCUCUGGCAGCUAGGUCAGGGCUGUGACGCUGAUGUAGAGGAUGCCUCAUUAGCGUUCAGUCCCAGUUUGUGGGUGGGACACCUGACCACUGAGCCUUUGGUAACCUUAUUUUUUAUAGUAAGUACUCUUCAUAUUUUUCUUUUUCACAUUUUAUUUUAUAAGAAGUGUAGGUUAUUUUUGCAUGGAUCAUUGUAAACAAGAUUUCUUAUUCCUAAUGUCUAUUAACAUAGAAUGUUUACUGGUAAGUACUUUAAAUUGCUUCAUGAGCACUUAACCCACGUGCGUGUGCACGCGCACGUGUGUGUGUGUUUAGCCAUCAUUUUCCCCAGCCAUUCAGUCUGUGUUCAUAUCUUUAAGUCUGUGUUGGUGACUCCAUCUGUAUAGUGGAUGGUUUGCAUAUAUCAGUAGGUUCUGAGGGUUCCAGGAGCUCAAAUGACCGAGUAACAGAGAAGUCAGUUUCCCCAAUUGACUGAAAAUAGAUUAGGAGAAAAUACUCACAGUUUUAGUGCAUGCUUUAAAAAAGCCUCACAAAACAAAAAUGAAAACACACACACACCUCUGCACAUAAGGGGUGAAGUCAUUCACAUUUAGGAGGAAGUUUUAAGAAUUAUAUAGGAUGUCUCAGGCUUAUUUGAGACUUGGCACACACACGGUGAGUGCUUUCACAAGCGCUCAAUUAAAUGGUGUUCAAGAGAAAAGAGUGGGUUGCGCUCCCCCCCCCCAUUUACAUCAACUUCAUGAAAACUUUUCUUCCUCCCUAUAAUUAUUUUUUCUUAAUAUUUUUUUCCCUUUCAUGAAGCUGAGUUGAGAUUUUAUCAGAUGCUUUUUUUUUUUCCUUUUCAAUUUGAAACUAUGAGGGCAUCAGCUAUCAGAUAUGAUGAAAGGUAGAUCUUAUCAGGUAAUAUGAACAGUGACAAAACUGUCAUAGGUUGUAAUUUUAGCAGUAUUCAGUUCCAGUAAAAUUAAUUAAGGAAUAGAAUUUGGGUCAAAAUUGUUACAGUCUUGCAUAAUUUGGCAUCCCAAGCAUAUUGUAGAAAUAUUCUAAGAAAUCUUGCUUUUUGUGUGUGACAUUCCUAAUUUGAGAGUCUUUCAGCUGAAGUAUUCUUUUAGAAUUGAGACAGGCAAGCAAAGGACCUAAUUCCUGUAAACAUGGACAUCAUUGUGGAUAUUUUAAGGUUUUUGUUCUGCACCUUCUCUGAGGCUUGAGAGUUGUGUUCUAUCAGCUGUGUAGCUACUGCUGUUUCUCUGCUCAUAGAAAUCUUGUUUGGAUCUGGGCUGGGAGGUUGCAUGUUUCAUGUGGAGAGAGUGUCUCUCCAUGAGCUCGCUGCCUCUGAGAAGUGAGGCCAACCUUAGGGCCAGGGCCAGUCAUGGGAACAGACACAAAGGCACUUCCAGAACCAUCUUCUAAGAACAUUCUUGUUGGUCUGGUUGUUAGAUCUGCCAGUUGCUAUUUUGUGAAACUGUUGAGUGCUAUGCAAAUGUAGUGUUUACUGGAGAUGAGGGGGGUCCUGAGCCUCAGGCUGGGCACCUGGUCAGUGAGUGUCCUUUCCUUCCCCAGCUGGGCAUACAGUGCCUUGCUCCACCUGGUAGCAUCAUCUGGCUGUGAUGAAUGAUGUCUAGGAAGUGAUUUGCCUGUGUCUUUUGGGGGGCAUGUCAAUAAUGAAAUGAAAUAGAUUCUUAACAGCAAGUUGUCACCACACAGGGUAUCUGUGAGUGGGCCAGUGGGUGGUGGGGAAGGGCUGGCACACACUAUCUGUAUAAUAUGGGAGGUCUGCUUUAGAAAGGAGAUCCAGUUUUCAUCAUCGUCUGUCCUUUUUAAACGUUGGAAAACAGUAUUACUCUGACCACCUGGCCACUUUCUCCUCCUCCGGCAGCUGAUGUGGUUGGACACCUCAGUCACUGACAGCCUGGGUAUCGCCCAGGACAGGACCUCCAGUGGGUGCAGCGGCAGGGGUGGGGAUGGGGGGUGGCUUGAGGUGGGCUGCAGCAUCUGGUCUUUCUGGUGCUUUUUAAAGAGCAGUGUGGUUGACUUACGGGAGGGCAAAGAGCUUAGCUGUCCUCCCCAGCACAUCUCGUGUGUAUGCAUGCGUGUGCGCACGUGUACACAUAUGUGUGCAUGUUUUCUCUGAGCUGCUUGUUACUCAGCCUGAGCUUUUUGAACAGUGGCAGACUUUGACUAUAUUGCAGAUGAUACACUGGUGCGGGGGAGGGUGUGCUCAUUUAGGAUAGAAAGUGGCAAAGUUGAUCUGGCAUGUAUUUCAGAGGGUGUCUCUCUUUUCCCUGCAACCCAUUCAUUUGAAGAACAGAACACCUGUGAGGAAAGCCUUGUUUUAGUCCACAGGACUAAAUAAAGUCACUUGGGAUAGGAAGGCAGAGGAGCAGCAUAGCAUCUCUGUUCAGUGAACCCCGGCGAGCUUCAGAAGGGGUGGAAUGUUCCCAGGAAUGGCAGGACAGGCGUCUGCUCACGUGGUAUGGCGUUCCACCCAGCGAGCAGCUGCCCCUUUGGAGUUUCUUCCAUGGGUCUUAUCUGCAGACUAGUAGGCAGCAGAAUACACUACUUGGGCCAGAUCUGAGACGGCUGUUUUGAGCUCCUGGCAGGGUUGCUGUGAUGGCCACUUGGAGCAGAGGCUUCAAGGAGCCUCAUGGGUUGUGACUGAAUAGGAAAUGGUUCCUUUUUUUUAAAAAAUGGUUUUUAAAUACUAUUUUUUACACUGUUCUCUUGGUACUUUUUUUAAGCUUAAGUCAGCAUUGUCUUCCAGUGUUAAAGGCAUCCCUCACCUCUGCAUUGAACUUAGGUGUCAAUACAAAGGAAUUGAACAUCCAUCCUGAGCCAGUUCAAUUAGGUGUAAAUUCAUACUAUUUUAAUUUUUUUUGCAAUCUGAUGAGUAGAUGAGCUCAGAUUUAAAAUUCUCAAAAGCACGUUUAUUGUAACAAGAAUUGUUAUGUACUGCAGUUUUCAAUAAAGAUUGACUUGUGUUGCA